ACCGGGCGGAGUAAUUCGCGUCAGUGUCCUCUCAGUCAGUGCGUGUGUGCGAGCGCCUUCUCCGGCUGCAGCCUGUCCAACACGGGGAGCGACAAGGACCAAAAACCCAUCCGACAGCGCAGUUCCUCCUGGAGAGGCUCGUAUCUAUAUAGAGGAGAGACACCUCGCUCGAGCGCGGAGAAUAUCGGUGACUCAUUACAAUGCUUCAAACAAGGGACAUCAUCUGGGGAUUGCUUUUAAUCGGCUGUGCAGCUGCCAUUCAGGUCGAAAUCACCCCAACUCAAGGAGUCAUCAGCAUCGGAGAUUCCAAGUUUUUCCUCUGCGAGGUGGUUGGAGAUGCUAAAGACAUAGACUGGUACGACCCCAGAGGGGAGAAGAUCGACCCCAACCGACAAGAUAUUCUCGUGACGCGCAGUGAACUCACGUCCGUGCUCACGAUAUACCACGCCAGCUUGGACAGCGCCGGCUUCUACAAGUGCGUGGCGAAGAACGGAGAUGAGGAGGCAGAAGCAACAGUCCUGGUGGAAAUCUUUCAAAAGAUCACAUUCCAGGACGUCCCCAGUCCACAGGAGUUUAAUGAGGGCGACGACGCCGAAAUCAUCUGCAAUGUGGUCAGCUCACCGCAGCCAGUUGUCUAUUGGCAGCACAAGGGCUCCGUGAUCAACUACAAGGAAGACGUGAGGUUGCGUCUGUUGAGCAACAACCACCUGCAGAUCCGCAGCAUCAAAAAGACAGAUGAGGGCAUGUACAUGUGCGAGGCUCGGGUCAUGACUCGUGGCGAACUUGACUUGCGGCCCAUCAAGGUCAUAGUAAAUGUCCUUCCCACCAUUCGCACCCGGCAGUCAGAGGUCAAUGCCACAGGUGACGUCGGCAGCUCUGCGCUCCUGGCCUGCGACGCAGACGGCUUCCCUGAACCCACCGUCACAUGGACCUACAACAACAUCGUCCUUGAAACAGGUGAUAAGUACAGCCUGAACGAGGACGGCUCCGAGUUGGUCAUAAAGGAUGUCAUAAAAGUGGACGAAGGAGAUUACACUUGCAUCGCCAAGAACAAGGCAGGCGAGAAGCGGGAGGAAGUCAGCCUGAAUGUGUUCGUCCAAGCCAAGGUCACCUACCUGAACAACCAGAGUGCCACCGAGUUUGAUGAUGAAGUCACGAUGACCUGUGAGGCAUCCGGUGAUCCCACUCCCACCAUCUCCUGGAGCUUUGAAAACAGGGAGUUCACCGAGGGAGAGCAGGCAUCAUGGACUCGACCUGAAGUGUACGAGAGCCACGACAGAAACAUUGUGGUGCGCAGCCAUGCCCGGGUGUCCUCACUCGUCCUGAAGAAUGUGCAGUUCACCUACGCCGGCCAGUACCUCUGCACUGCCAGCAACUCCAUUGGCCAAGACAGCAAGAGCAUGUACCUGGAGGUCCGCUUUGCUCCAAAGAUUUUGGGAGAGGUGGCUGUUUACACUUGGGAGGGAAACCCAGCCAACAUCAGCUGUGAGGUGGAAGCCUACCCUGGCGCAUCAGUGGUCUGGUUCAGCGACGGUGCACAGCUGCCCAACAGCAACAUGACCAACGUCAAGAUCUACAACACACCGACUGCUAGCUACCUGGAGGUGACCCCAGACUCUCAGAAUGACUUCGGAAGCUACAACUGCACUGCCACUAAUGUGAUGGGAACCGAGUCGAAGGAAUUCCUCCUCAUCCCAGCAGAUGUGCCAUCGUCACCCAAAAUUCAGACUGUGGAGCCGUUCUCCAGCACAGCAGUGGUGGUCUUCAUGGAGCCCGAAUCCUUUGGAGGCGUCCCCAUCAUCAAGUACAGAGUGGAGUGGCGUUUGCCGGGCAGGGACUGGGUCAGCAGGCACUACUCUGCUGAAGAGUAUAUGACCCGGAUCACCAUCGCCGGCCUGAAGCCGGAGACCACCUACGAGGUCAGGAUGUUUGCUGUCAACGGCAAGGGCGAGGGCGACAGUAGUCCACCCAGCACUUUCAAGACGGAGCCAGUCCGGUUUUCCGUGGAAAAUGGCAAACCCUUCCGUUACACUAAUGUGGCUUCAGGGGAACCCGCCGCUCCAAAGCUGGCCAUCAAGAAUGAGAAAGGCAACUCCCUAAAGGUCAGCUGGAUCAAGCAGGACGAUGGCGGUUCACCCAUCAAGCACUACCUGAUCAAAUACAAGGCCAAGCACGUCUCUGACUGGAAGCCAGAGGUGCGUGUGCCUCACAGCAGCGACUACGCGGUGCUGAAUGGCCUGGACUGGGACACCGAGUACGAGGUCCGCGUCGUGGCGGAGAAUCAACAGGGCAAGUCUAAGCCCGGCGUCAUCUCCUUCAGGACGUUGAUGGAGCCAACUGCAGUCCCAGCCCCAGCAACCCUGGGUUGCCGAUGUGUGACGUACAGUCUGGCUGCUCUCCUCGCGUCCAUGCUGACUGCACUCUGGCUCUCAUAAACUGAUCCCAGCCAAGCAGAAAGGACAGUCUGAGCCUUUUCAAUCUUUGGGCGCGACUCCUCUGCUGCGGAUGCCUUUCUGACCCUUGUGCAGCCACACACAAGAUAAAAAUAAAUUAAUGUGUCAAGACAUUGGAUCAUGAUGUUGUUACAGGGUGCUCACACGCAUCAUUCGGGGGGAUGUUCUGUUCUCAUUCUCUUUAUUUUUGUCACGACCUGAAAAAACAAAAGAUAUGAAUGGAAGGUUAUGUCGAUGUGGGGUGCUAUAGCGGGUGCAAUGUAAGCAAAGCGUCGCAGCUUUGUUUCCACUGCAGUAAAUAACACAUUCAUAAUGCCUUAACACGAGUGGAAAACAGACCAAAAUAUCAGUGAUGGUUACCACAAAGAGGGUUUAUUCGACGCAUCCCUCCACUCCGACAACAGCAUGAACACUGCAUGAAGGCAUGAGCCAGUAUUCAUGAACGCUAUGCAGCUGCCGUCCCCAGUCAAGCAUUAUGAAUGUGUUAAGAAGGUGGGGAGUUACAAAUGCUGUGCCUACUUCCUGUUCGUUUUUUGGAAACAAGCUUGAAAUGUCAGCGGCGAAAACGCACAAGGACGAUUGUUCACGGAGAAUUUAAAACCUAGGGAAAUAGUCAUCGAGCGCUUUUCUUACUUCACGGCGGUUUCAUUAUAGAGAGAAGAGGAGAAAUGUCUAGGGAAAAAAAAAACAACUAAUCAUGUUUUGUGAAAACGUGUACAUACUCUUUUCAGAUUGAAAUACAAGAAUCAGCUGUACGACAACCACUGAUGUUCUCUUUUUACAUGGAAGCAGAGAAUUGUCGAGACAACUUCAAUGCAGCAGCUGUAUAACAUAAAAAACUCAUUUUCAAUAAUGUGAUAUGACUAUUCUUUCAGACAUUUUUUGUAAUUAUAUAUAUAUAUAUCUAUAUAUAUAUGUGUAUUUCCAUGUAACCAUUGUAGGGUUGAAAUAAAUGGUUUCUUUUUCUUUCACAAACGUAAUUGCUUUUUGAAGCAAUAACGCAGACGUGUGUUGCAGCGACUGCCGAUGGCGUGAAGUGUGACGUUUAUCUGUCCUCUGCUUUAAUUCUACCUUCAACAGCGCUGUUCGAUCAGUCAGUGAAGAAUCAGUCAUAUGUCAUGUCUGGGGCUUCUGUGCAGCAACGUACACAUUUAAUUUCCUUUUUUUGUUGUUGUGCCUCAGUAACUAUAGAGCCGUAUUCAUGGGGCCACAUCAAAAUAAAACCCUAGAAAUGUUAUUCAAGUAUCUAGGUAAAGUAAAUGGAUAAAAAAGUGCCAUAUAUACAGUGUUAGUGUUAAAUAUAUAUUGAGACUGGAGGACGGAGAAUUUCCUCCAUUGUUACUUCUUCUUGUCUUAUUAGAGCAAGGUAGUAACCGCAACACUGCCCCCCAUGGUUUCCGGUGGCACUGCUCUGUUUGGCCAGUAAGGUUUGUGGAAACGUGCUGAAAUACGGACGCAAUGAACACAGCACACGGACAGAAGGCUCCAUCUGUAUCCAGAUCCGUAUGGAACAUUGAGCAUAAAUGGGCAUUAAGGAGUCACCUCAACCAGUCUCAACACAGCGAGGGACUGUUGGUUUAUCAUUUGCAUGGCCUCAAAAUUGUGUCCAACGGAUGUUCAGGAAAAAGUUGAGCCUUGUUUCAUCCCACACUGCAGUUUAUUGGCAGAUAAGGGAAGGACGCCCACUCAAGUAUCUAUACGGUCCAUGGCAGGCGUUCUUACUCUUUUUGAUCUCGGGGCCCAUUCAGUAGAUCUGAUUCAUGACCCUUGAUUUCAUUUGUGAUCAAUAGCCAUAUUUAAUCUACUUACACGUAAACAAACCAAAACCUUGUGAAAUGACAUGAAACAAGUCCAACCAGAAGCAGAACCAGGUGCAAGUCAUGUGCAUCAAAUUUACUAAAGGAAAAAAAAGAAAAAAAAAUACACUUGAUGCAAACUGUUGAGAAAAUUGGAAAAACUGAAUGAAAUUCGGAAUAAAAUAAACAUGAUCUGUAUGAUGUAAAAUAUGAUGUCUAAAUAUCAUAAAAUAAAAAUAAUGCGUUUUAUUUGAACUCCAAAGAAGACAUAAGUAAAGUGUAAAUGAAAGUACAGCCAUAAAAAUAACUUUCAAAACUGCUUAAACUGGUGCUUUCAUGAACAGUUUUUACUAUUUAGGGGCCGGCAUCACUUUCUUUAUCAUUUUUUCUUUUCCAGAACCUCACCAUAGUUGGUAAGGUUUGCAGCUGUCAAGUCAAUUCAGAGACACUGCCACCUUUCGUGGCUCAUGUUUUAAAACUGAGCGUCUCGCUGCCCUUACGGCCCAAAGGUGUAAAACAAAAAAAAGUGUAGCGGCCCUCGAGGAGGCACUCGCGGCCCAACCAAGGGCCUUUGACCCUUUGGUUAAGAGUCACCGGUCUAUUACACUAGUGAUGGACCUAAAGGUCAUUUGGAGCUGAUCUUUGCAACGUCUUCAGUGUGGCUCAUCUGGAAGGACGAACUGAGGCUUAAAGCAACAAUAGAGCUACAUUCCCUCCCUCACAGGUCUUCAAGGCAAGUUAAAGUGACUCGCUGACUCACAUGACUCACAGACAUGCCCUGCUGGGACCCUGGUUCAUGGGGAGUGUUCGGCCUCUUCACUGACCCGACUUCAGAUACGCUGAAGGACGGAUGAGUUGCGCUAGAGCAAGCUUAUAUAUUAUAGGAAAUAUCUUGUGAAGAAUCCACUUUGCAGCAGAUGUAAUACUCUUUUUAGGCUGCCAGACUUGGUGCGCGAUAAGCUCCAUAAACAAUCAGCAGGGAUCACCGUCGCUGUUCGCGUGGGAGUGUUGGCUCUAAUGAAGUGGAGGAAACAGAAUUCAUGAUCCGAAAUUCAACAGAUCCUCUUCAAGCUAAUCCUUAUCGCAUCUUAUUGGAAAUCAUCUGUGUGCAUGAAGCUCAGUGAGAGUAAAUGCCUGCGCUGGAAUGUGUCGUAAUGAAAACUAUAAUGGCUCCUCGACCCAGCAGGUAUCAUCUCCCCACCAGUUAUGAUGAAUUGAAAAAUGCAGUUUUUCUGACCGACACUCAUGUAUGAGUGCUGGAGCGCCGGCCGCCGAGUGGCUGCUUCUCUUGAGGAACAAGAAGGAACAUGAUGUUCAUUUCUGACUGGAGCUUUCUCUUAGCUGGUUUCAUCUCUGACACCUCAUCAGUGUAAUCUCAUCUAAAGUUCAGUCGCAGGGAUAAUCACAGCUUACAACACUCCUGAGAUUCUGGCAGACUCAUUUGUUUUGUCCCUGUAGUUGUUCGCCAGCGCCUCCUCUGUAAUGAAGGAGCCGAUCUGAGCCCAGUGAUUUUUAUUGUUGCUAAACAGCGUCUGAGCUCGAUGCUUCCUGGCACAAAAUGUUUUGGAGCAAAAGUUAUUAUUUAAACUGCUUGAACAGGCGUUGACAACGACAUAAGCAGAGGCAAACAGUUAUUUCUCCCCAAAUGAUGUAGGCAUAAGAUUGUGUUGAUGAUGGUAUAGCGCCACACUGUGGCUGAGCUCUCAAUAGACACCAUUGGGAGAGUGAGCUCUCCCUGGGAUUUCAUCCCUAAAGAACGUUUAAAUGUGCUUAAUAAUGUUAGAAUCUAAUAAGCUUAAUUCAAAGUUUAAAGAAUGUUUAUUAAGCAUUAAUUCCACAUAUAAAAUAAUGUAGGUGGAAGGUGUUUCCAUUAUUUUCCAACCCCUGUAUAAGCAAUAGAAGUAACGUGUGAGGAACAAAAAAAAAUAAAAAAAUAAAGAAGAGCUACAUGAAUAAAUAGCCCAAAACUUUUAAGCCCAAAAACUUUUUCAUUACGCCGUCUCUCUCUUUGCUCUGUCUGUGGUCAGUGAUGUGUGCUGGGUGUUUGCAGUCUGUCCUCUUUCAGGUGUCCUUGUUGGGAGGAUUUGGUGUGGCCUCAUGUCUGUAUGUCCGUGGAGCUCAUCCUGCCCAGCUUCAGUCUGUCCUGCCUUUGUUCUUGUUUUCCCUGUGCUGGAGCUCAUGGCUGCCUUUGAGAAACUGUCUCACCGGCUGUUGUUUUCAGCAACAUUAGCGUCGGUCCCUAUUUAUAGCAAUGGCGGAAAUCAAGUAUAAAUAAAAAUUGUCAUCGAUAAAAGGAGACUAAAGAUAAAAUAGAGGCUUCUCAGUGUAAAACACACCAUUUUGUAUCUUUAAUGUGUGACUGUAAAACUGAGCAUUGCUUCUUGCGUGAGUUCGCUGCGCUAAAUCUAUUUUGACAUUGCACUCUGCAGGGCAUCUGUGAGUGGCGCCGCUGCCCGAAGUGCCCCUUCACUGAUACUGGGAGAUUUACUGAAUUUACUAAGUCAUCUUGCUGAAGGGUCCUAACCAAGAGUUCCUGUGAGGGAAAGCCAAAUUUAAAUGGCAGAAAUAUAUCAAACUCUCUGAAUAAUGGAUGAGCUGUUUCAGUAGCAGGAUGUUCUCCCUCUUCGGUAGCAGCCUGGGGAUGAUAUGGGUCGUGCCACUUGUAGAGUUCGUGCGCCUCCGCGGGGAAUUCCGAUGGUUAUUCCGCAGGACGUGGUGGACAAAAUGAUGUCACAGACCCUCUGUCUUCUGAUCCAAGAUGGCGUAACAUGCCCUCCAGCAGCCUGAUGCAACACAGUGUGUACAGCAGGCUCUGAGUUUCACACACACUUCAGGGAGGGAUACUUUGAGAUGAUGUAUCUGUGCGACAGCUGCACUUGGUGUGUGAAGUUGCCAACAUUUUAGCGAUUUUUUUCGAUACCUCAAAUGUUACUGUUAUUCCGUGUAUCGCCCAUGUCCGACACGACGGGACCUUUUUCUUAUAAGCCGCUAUAGCUGCUGGUACGUGUGGUUACGUAGUAUCUCCAACACACAUAUAACACCAGAAGUCACCGCAUUAGUACCCAAGAUCAGGCGGCUCAACACGUUCUGACUAAUGCGUCUUCUCACACAUACAAUACGUGGUGUGAUGGUGUUUCCCAAAUGAUCAGAUCACACGGUUCGCGACACUCUAUUUUGCCGAUGCCUUUUUGAAUUGCUCCGAGAUGACUGCCUGGCAAAUAGACCAGUAAAUCAUCGAUAAAUAUACACAGGGACAUGUUUCCCUGUUCGCCCAGGCCGCUGCGCUCGAGGAGACGCCAUUCGUGCGGAUCAUGUCUCGUAAAGAUAGAACAUAACCGUGAUGGUUUUGAGGGUUCAUGGGAAAUUAACAGUAUGUAAAUGACCUGCCAUUAUGAGUCAUUCUCCGUCACUGCACGACCUGAUCCUCCGGAACGUCUGUUAUCGAGGUGCUGGUUUAGUGGCCACCCAGCUGAGGACAAGACGAGAGUGAGAGAAAUGUUUGUCUAGUGCAUCGUGACACGCAGAUUUACUCUUCCUCUUCCAGAGCGAACACGGCAUAAAAGCCCUUUCAGCUCUGAAAACAUAGCACAUGAUUUAUUGUGCCUGUUAAAAUGCAAAUGAGGUAAUGAGCAGGGGAGAGACGGCGGCGUAGCCUGGAACGCUGUCAUCACCUAUAGACCGGGAGAGCAGCACGCGCUCGCCAUUUUGAUUACAGCCAUCACAGGGAAUUAAAGGUGACCUAUUAUGUUGAUUCGCGCCGGAGCAACUCUGUGUGAGUCGCAGUUCAAAUCAUUUCUUUUUAUGCCUCGCCGCCUCCUGUGUCUGAACUGAGCUUUUUGUCUGGUCGAAAGUUGGAUUUGUCUCCCUGCGAACGUCGCUCUUAUAAGUGGAACCCAGUUAAGUGACCUCUGGAAAACAGCUGGAAUAAUCACCUUCUUCUCAUGAAGUAAACCACAUUUCCACUGCUUUUCAAGCUUGGUACUCUUUAUUUUUAGGGUUAGCCAACGUGAAAUUUACCUGAAUAUACCGUACCUUGCCUUUUCAACUGUCCAAAUGUCCCUCAUAUAAAAGCCAAUGGCAGUAAAACAACGGUUUGAUUGUGGAAACACGGGAUCCCUUCAACACAACAAAGAUGGCCGCCCAUAUAAGGAAGACUAUGAAAGACAGCUCCAUCUUCAACACCACCACAUCAUCUUCAACACAUCAUACUGAGUUGGACAGAAGCAGGUUUAUGCACAGACAUUUUUGCCAGAAUAAAAGGGCAUCCGUGGCAAAUAAUGUGUGGUUGGAUCGGGUCAUUUGUGUUUACAAACAUCCUAAACAUGUCCCUGGUUAUUUCUCUUUGUCCUGGUCGUGCAAAAAAAUGUUAUUAUGGUUCAUUUUGUGACGUCGAACCAUUAGCAAUGCUGUUUUCAGCAGUGCUAAUGUGCUUCGUACCCUUCCAACAUGAGAAAUGCUGAGGAAGAAUGUGGCGAAAAGGGCACUUUCCUCAACCAGGGCUGGUUUUUGGGAACUACUUUGGGCCUAUCUGUGCGCAUGCCUGGAUACAAGUUAGAAAAAUAAACUUUUUAACAACAUCAAUUCAAGUUAGAAUUAGUGACACUGAGGAAAAGGCCAGUCCUGAGUGGUGGCAACUGCUUCACCUGAUGCUGCUGCUCUGCAUGAAACAGAAACAGGACAGUCAUAAAGGGCAGGAUGACUAAGUGAAUGUGAGUGAUAUUUUAAACAGCACAGACUUCACUUUAGGUCGACACGCUGCCAUGUGGGACCUGUUUAAUCUAUGCAGUGCUUAUCGCCCUUUCCUUUAAUUUCAAUCUGGAUUCAUCUGUCUCAGGAAGUACUUUGUGACUGAAAUGCAAUUAACGAAAGGUUUGAAUAGACUCCUUCAAAACGUCUGGCGGCUCCUAACCUCUGACUCGCGCCAGUCAAUCACUGCUAAAAGGUAUCAGGCAGUGCGACGUGAAUAAAGAGAAAGGUCAAAGCCGACGUCCUCUGACACACACGAGUUACAUCUGAUCACACUUGAUUUAAUUCCAGGGUGACUUUUUUUUUUUUUUACCCAGAGUCCACUGGGGCUCGCAGCCUCUUUGGCGAGACUUGAUAUGUGCUUCUGGGGUUUGAAUCAGAGAAAUGAGCGCUGAGUUCUGGGUGCAGUGAAGGUGACAGCUUCAGAGAUGUGGCUCUUAAACUGUCAGCCUUUAAUAAGGGAGGCAGCAGAGUACGCCAUGUCAGCCAUGAUGGACGGAUUCUCCUGGACUGGCUACAUGAUACAGUGCACUGCGAUGCAAGUGUCAAGAAUAAUAACAUUAAUAUUAAGAACUCUCCAUGUGCUCCAUUCGCUGGUGAGUUAGUCCAAACGUGUUUGUCAGAAAUAAGUCCAAAAACAUAUUGAAUAUUCAUGUGAUAACCCAUAGCUAUUUUGUUUCUCUCUUGUAAACCGAGGCAGAGACGCAUUAACCUUUUAUGAAUGCAAAGCUCAAGCCCCAGUUGCUUUGGACCCAUUUAAUGCAAAUUUCACUUGACACACUUUUCUCAUGUUUGUUUUUCUGAAAUAAUAUUCAGGACCGCAUAACUGCGUUUUCCCCUUAUGAGUCAAACUAGUAAUGUGAUGACUUCUUUGCUUUGCAGUAAAGUGCUGCGCUACUAAAGUGCUUGAGAAAUCCAGCCGUAAACACUAAAUCUAAAUCUUUAUUGAUGUCAUAUCAGAAGCACCUUUAAAGUUAGUUGGGCCUCUGUCUUUGUUUGCUUUUCCAGCUCUUCCCUUCUGUUUGUAGUGUAGCAGGUGCAGGUUUUAAAAAAGCAAUUGAACAUUACCGCCACAAGAGUGUGGUAGUUUGAGGGGACAAUUGAGUUU